AUGUGGAAAGAUGCUGUGGAACAAAUACAUCAAGCAGCGACAAAAACGCUGAGAAAAACCAUACCUGGAAGAAAAUACAUUGAUAAACAAACCUGGUGGUGGACAGAUGAAGUCAAGCAAGCAGUCAAGGAGAAAAAGAUGGCGAACAAGACUUGGUGGAAUUCACGACUUAACACUGAUCUCCAUAAAUAUGGCAACCUGAAAUCAGGAGCAAAAACAGCAGUAGCUGCAGCAAAAGACCAAUAUUACCAGACACUGCAUGACCAGAUUGACACACCAUUGGGAGAAAACAUGUACCGUCUUGCUAAGUCACAUCACCGUUCAACUGAGGACAUUGGACACGUCAUGCACAUCAAGGAAGCCGACGCCAAACUGCUAAGAGAUAGACAAUCUAUUCCCCAGAGUUGGACAGAUUACUUUGAUAACAUCAGCAACAAAGAGUUUACGCAUCCACCAAUUACUAGUCCUAAUCCUAUCGUAGGACCCGACCCCUCAAUGACACCUGAGGAGGUAAAUCUUGCCAUUAGCAAGAUGAAAAAUGGAAAAGCAACUGUUUCAAAUGACCUACCAGCGGAAAUCUGGAAAAUCCUCGGAAAGCCUGCUUCAGAAUUCCUUGCCUCGCUCUUCAACCGCAUCAUCGUCGAAAAACAGCUUUCACAAGCAUGGACAACUAGCAUAACAGUUCCAAUCUGGAAGGCAAAAGGAGACGUGAACGACUGCUCGACUUAUCUCCCUAUUCGACUCCUCUAUCACACUUGA